AUGCGAGGAGUUGGUCGACCAAUGUAUCGGCCGAAUGCACCAGCACAAACACCGGAAGAAUAUUAUCGAGUCAACUUAUUUAUUCCUAUUAUGGAUCAUUUCAUUAUAUCUUUAACUAACCAAUUUAGUGCUCAUCAAUGGAUGGCUUAUAAUGUGUCGAUCCUUGUUCCAUCAAUGAUUGAACAUAAGUCUUUCGAUGAUUUGAAAGACUCUAUUACUUUUUACGAAGCUUAUUUACCAUCACCAAAUUUAAUUAAAGAAGAAUUUCAAUUAUACAAACGAAAAUGGCUCAAUCAGGCAAUAGAAGAUCGCCCGGACAAUGCUAUUGAUGCUUAUGUUCGAUGCAACGGCACCUUCUUUCCGAAUAUCAAAGUUCUUUUACGAAUGUAUGCCACGUUGCCAGUGACAACUGCCACAGGCGAGCGAAGCUUUUCAACAUUAAAACUGGUAAAAACAUAUCUUCGAAGUACCAUGAGUGAAAAUCGUUUAAAUGGACUUGCAAUGAUGUAUGUGCAUCCAAUGAUUAACAUUGAUAUUGAACAAGUCAUCGACAAGUUCUCAAAGCGAAAGAAUAGAAAGCUGGAUUUUGGUGUAUAAUUUAUUUAAUUGUUGUUGUUUCUAAGUUAUUCUUGGAUAAUUUAUUUCUUUGUUGUUCUUAUUUCUAAGUUCUUUCUUGUUGCAAUAGAUCAUAGCAUUUUAUGAAUCAUAUAAAUGUGAACAGAUGAUAUUAGAAAAUGUUAGGAAAACCAUCACGAAUAAAGUCCAUGAUUUGAUUGUAUCCGCCCCCUCCUUCAAAAUUUCCUGGAUCCGCCACUGAAUGAUACUAUAAUAUUCAUAAACAUAUGUUUGAUAGCACAUUUUCAAAAUAAAAGGUUAUUUUCUUCGAAAAGACAACCAAACAAAUUUUAAUUUAGCUUGAAUUAAUCUAAGAAAACCGAACGAAUUGGUUACAGAAAUACUCAACAUAGGUGGUACCAGAAUAUGGUUUAGCAAUUUUAGAAUUUCAAAUUGGAUAUUUUUCAUAACAUAUUAUAUAUUAAUCGGUAGAUUCCACCGAGAGGCACCAAAUGGAACAUAUCUUGUCAUUGGCACAAAUUGUCCAACGAAUUAGUUAAGGAAAUACUCAACAUAAGUCAUAACAGAAAAGGUUUAGCAAUUUCAGAAUUUCAAAUUGAAUAUUUUUCACAACAUAUUAUAUAUCGAUGGACAGAGCUGGCCGAGAUACAUUAGAUGGGACAUGUUUCGUCAUUGUCACACAUUGCACAACGAAUUGGUUAAGCAAAUACUCACUCUCAGCUCACCUAGCUAAAGGUUUAGCAAUUGCUGAACUUGAAAUUGAAUAUUUUUCACACCAUAUUGUAUAUCAAUCGAUAGAGCCCAUCGAGAUACAUCAAAUGGAACGUAUCUUGUCAUUAGCACAAAUUGCUCAACGAAUUAGUUAAGGAAACACUCAACAUAACUGACACCAGAAUAAGGUUUAGCAAUUCUAAUAUUUGCAAUUGAAUCAUGUUCAACACAUAUUAUAUAUCAAUCGAUAGAGCCGAUCGAAAUACAUUGGAUGCGACAUGUCUCAUCAUUGGCACAGAUUACCCAACGAAUUGGUUAAGGAAAUACUCAACAUAAGUCAUAACAGAAAAAGGCUUAGCAAUUUCAGAAUUUGAAAUUGAAUAUUUUCCACAACAUAUUAUAUAUCGAUGGAUAGAGCUGGUCGAGAUACAUUAGAUGGGACAUGUCUCGUCAUUGUCACACAUUGCACAACGAAUUGGUUAAGCAAAUACUCACUCUCAGCUCACCUAGCUAAAGGUUUAGUAAUUGCUGAACUUGAAAUUGAAUGUUUUUCACAACAUAUUGUAUAUCAAUCGAUAGAGCCCAUCGAUAGACAUCAAAUGGAACAUAUCUUGUCAUUGGCAGAAAUUGCUCAACGAAUUGGUUUAGGAAAUACUCAACAUAACUCAUACAAGAAGAGGUUUAGCGAUUUUAGAAUUUGAAAUUGAAUGUUUUUCACAAUAUAUUAUAUGUCAAUAGAUAGAGCUGAUCGAGAUACAUUAGAUACGACACGUCACGCCAUUGGCACACCCUCCUCUACGAAUCGGUUAAGUGAAUACUCCCUCUUAAUUCAUUCAAUCAAAAGUUUUAGCAAUGAUAGAAGUUGAAUUUUAAUGUUUUUCAUGAUGUGUUUUAUAUCAAUCGGAGUAGUGUCACAUAUCCAAGAUUUUGGAGAUGCCACCGCAUCUCCAGCGGGAGACGCGGCACCCACACUCGGGAGAUGAGGUCAUUCACCACUGGAGAUGUAAGAU